CAACCCGUAUGUUUUAUCGAAUUUGGCCACUCCAUAUAUUACUCUUAUUUCAGCUCACUAAUCAAGUCAUUUUACCCACACGCAUUUGCCACCUCAUUACCAACGUUAACACCUUCCAGUAGGAGCUUUUUAUCACAUAUAUUCGUUCCCCUCCUGUUGCUGAGAUGUUUUGUGCGAAAAAGAGUUUCUUUGUUGGUACACUGUGGUUAUGUAUUCCAGUAAUAUGGAUUGGCAGUUUACUAACCGAUCGGUUUAUAAAUCCGAAUCCGGUUAAUCACAUUUUUGUGGCAACUCGUAGCGCUAUGAGAGGGAAGGACAAGGUGAAUGUGACAGGGGUUGAUUCUCGUAAACCGUGCUAUAAAGUGGUUUAUACUUGGCUGGAUGAGCGUGACGAGUUCCACGUCAAACUACUCUUCAAGAAGGUUGGUAGGUUUUCCUGUCCCGGUCUUUCUUGUGGCGUGCAAAUAGAGCAUGGACGGAACCUGACUGAACUCGCUGCAAGUGAUGUCGUUUUUCUCUUCUACAAACACAAGUGGGACUGGCAAGCAGUACUGAAGCAUCAGUCCGACAGGCAGAAAUGGGUAUUUUGGACAUCAGAGAGCCCACGGCACAUCCCUCCGCGUCGUAUCAUCCCUCCACAAGAAUAUUCAAAUAGAACAUAUGAUUACAUCAUGUCAUUUCGGAAAGGAGCAUCUAACGAAGACGCCUACCUAUCUGAGGGUGGAUAUGGUUAUUUUGAUGGAACAAGGCCCUCUGUUCAGAAUGAUGAUAACAGGAAUUGGGCAGAAAAUAAAACAAAAUUAGUCGCUUGGGUAGCUUCAAACUGUUACCCUGCAAUGCUGUCCUAUGAUCGUACAGGAUUUGUAAAUGCUUUGGCCCGUCAUAUUAGAGUUGAUACGUUCGGUCACUGUGGCUCAAGGCCCUGCAAAGACAUAGCUACCUGUGGCCUGCAAGAAUACAGGUUUUAUCUAGCCCUCGAAAAUUCGGAAUGCCAGGAUUAUAUCACCGAGAAAUUCUGGUACAAUUCACUCACCCUUGGUCUGGUCCCCAUCGUGUUCGGAGCUCCGAAAGAAAACUAUCUAAAAGAAGCUCCACCGAAUUCAUUCAUAUUUAUCCCAGAUUUUCCAUCUAUAGCGAAACUUGCGGCCUACCUUGUUGAACUGAGUGAGAAUGAUGACCUGUAUAACAGAUACUUCCAGUGGAAGAAAGAAGGGUCAGUUGAAUCUUUUCUCCAGUAUUCUAACUUCGAACCUGAAUCCCUUUGCAGAAAUGUCGUUCGUCGAGUUUUAAAGGAUGAGGAGAUUGAGUCUGAUAAAAAAGAAAGGAAGCAUGUAAGGAAGCCUGUGGUGGACGACUGGGAUAAAUGGUGGACAAAGUCAUGCAAAUAUACUGUCACUGGAUUUCCUAUUCCUGAUAAAUAAGGGUCUUACUUUUCCUUUAUUAUUUUAAUUUCUUCCACCUUCUUCAUUAAGUAGGAAGUUUGAAGGGGGAAUUGAAACUUGGUAAAGGAUGAUUCUUUUGAGAAAAUAGGUUAAACAAUAAUAAGUAUGAUACUCCCGUGUAAGAUACCUAUUGAUGUUUUGAACUGAGAUGCCUAAUACUUUAGAUAUUCAAAUUUCACAUAGUAAGAUCAACUUCAAGUCGUAAUGAUUUAUCCGAAACGUGGCCAAUUUGAAAUCACCAUUGGAACCAUGCAAAUAGGUCGUUUGUCCAGAGCCUAUAGAACGAAAAUGAUGUUUUGAUUAACCAAUUUUUACUAAAGACUUCUUGGUUGUUCAUUGUCAUGAAUGACAAUAGAUUUUCUAUGUUCUUGAAUCCGUCGUGUGUUGUAAAGCGAAAACUUGCUAAUGUCCAAAGGUAAAGACGCCUUGCCGGAAAUCGACCACAGCUUUGCAUGAGAUCGGACGCCUUAGACAACUCGGCCACGGAACCCCACACUUUACUCACACAAUUAAGAUCAUAAUUAUAUUCAUACCCACACACAGGCACUCAUGACACCUAUACAUAUUGCACUCACCCUUUUAUUACACACACAAACACACAAAAUGCUUAAAAAUAUAAUUACAACAUACAGACACACUGACGCAUAUGUACGCACCCCCCACACACACACACACAGCUUUAUUUAGGCCUACUCCCACAAGCAUGCAUUCCCUGGGAUGCAUUCAUUAACUCACUAUACUCAAUCACGCACAUUCUUACUCAUUUAAACUAUAGGCACUACCACACCAAAGAGCACUGCAAUCAUACAUCCCACUUUAAUUCACCUCCUAUAUCGCACACAUGCAUUGAACUCACACCCUCACACACACACACACAUACAAUAAUAUUUCAUUUUUCUGUCAUUAGCGUUCCUCUCAUAAUACCUAUACAACUGACUUUCAGAGAUUCAUAUUUUCGUAAAUUGAUAAUUCUUAAAGGAAAAUGUCGUAAAAGGGAGGAAACAAUAUUUGCUUAGCUUUCUCGUGGCAAUUUUUUUCUUCCAUAUUUAGGGUUUACUCUGAAAAGGAUGGUUAUAUAUUCCAAACUGAUAACUGAUAGGUACUAGAUACACAGUACAAGAAGAAAAGGGGGAUUAUUCAUGCAUAUUUUCCACUUUUGUGUGAUUGAUAUUGUUUAACUAUAUUUUAAGAAUAAAUGUGACUUUGUUCAUGGACAGAAGUUCAUUAAUAUUUUGUUUCUUCUUUUUUCUAAUUCAAACAUAACAAUUUCAACAAUAGAUCAUGUGUAUGAUUUUUUUUCCACCCAAUACCUAUAAAUUAAUUCGAAUGAGGUAGUAGUAAUAAAGUUGCUUG